AUGCUCAUCGGUGUAUGCGGAAGCAUCUGCUCCGGUAAGAAGACGGUGGCGCAGUAUCUGGUCGAGCACCAUGGCUUCAAACCGCUCUACCUGCGCGGCGAGCCCAAGGGGGUGAAUGGCUUCGGCAGCAAACCAGCGAAUGGUUCCACGGAUUUGGGCCCGGCCGCCGCUCAAGCGAGCGCGUCGUCGAGGUCGCCGUUUGCGAGAGGGCCCGACAGCCAGACCUUUGACACGGCCGAGGCGCUUCUCGACUUCGUGACGCUCAGCUGGCGCAGUCGCUUCGUCACGACCGACAUUCCUACGGAAAAGGUGCUUGAUGUCUUCCUACGGCGCCCCUUUUUUAUGCUCAUCUCGACCGACGCGCCGCUACUCGUGCGCUGGCGGCGCCACACGGCGCGCAUCGAGGCGGCCGGCAGCGACGACGACGCGGCCGCGCCGCUCACCCUCGAGGCCUUUGCCGCGGCCAGCGACCAGCAUCUGUACUGCCCGCAACAGGGCCUGCAGCCGCUCAUCGCGCGCGCGACGGUGCGCCUCGUCAACACGUCGCCGACGCUGGCGCACCUGUACGCGACGCUCGGCAAGCUGGACCUCGCGGACCCGGAGCGGCUGCGGCCCGGGUGGGACACGUACUUUAUGGCGCUGGCCUCGCUGGCCGCGCACCGCAGCAACUGCAUGAAGCGGCGCGUCGGGUGCGUGCUCGUCGGGGAGGGCAAGCGCGUGGUGUCGACGGGGUACAACGGCACGCCGAGGGGCUUGCGCAACUGCGCCGAGGGCGGCUGUCCGCGCUGCAACAGCGGCAACUCGUCGGGCGUCGGCCUCGCGACGUGCCUGUGCAUCCACGCCGAGGAGAAUGCGCUGCUCGAGGCCGGCCGCGAGCGCAUCCGCGGCGGCUCCGUCUUGUACUGCGACACGUGCCCGUGCCUGACGUGCAGCAUCAAGAUCUGCCAGGUGGGCAUCAGCGAGGUCGUCUACGCGCAUGGCUACAGCAUGGAUACGGAGACGGCGGCCGUGUUCCGCGAGGCUGGCGUCAAGCUACGGCAGUUUACGCCUCCCGCUAAUGGGUUAAUUCAUCUCGAAAAGAUGGACCUGUAUUGA